AUGCCUGGAUUCUCAGACCGAGACCGCGGCAGAGACCGAGGAUAUGGUGGGGGUCCUCCUCGUUUUGGUGGAGGUCCUGGUGGAAACAGGGGUGGGACCUCAAUGGGCAAAUUUGGCAACCCUGGAGAGAGGCUACGAAAGAGGCACUGGAACCUGGAUGAGCUUCCCAAGUUUCAGAAGAACCUUUACCAGGAGCACCCAGAUGUCACAUGCAGACCCUUGCAAGAUAUUGAGCAGUAUAGACGAACCAAAGAGGUUACGGUCAAAGGCAGAGACUGCCCAAAACCAAUCAUGAAAUUCAAUGAAGCUGCCUAUCCAAGUUAUGUCAUGGACAUAAUUGGAAAGCAGAAUUGGACUGACCCGACUCCAAUUCAGUCUCAAGGUUGGCCAGUUGCUCUUAGUGGCAAAGACAUGGUUGGAAUUGCUCAAACAGGUUCUGGAAAAACACUUGCAUAUCUCCUUCCGUCUAUUGUGCACAUACAACAUCAACCAUUUCUGGAGCGAGGCGAUGGGCCAAUUUGUUUAGUGCUGGCCCCAACCCGUGAACUGGCUCAGCAGGUGCAGCAGGUGGCAGCAGAGUAUGGCCAAGCAUCCCGUCUCAGGAGCACAUGCAUUUAUGGAGGAGCACCCAAAGGUCCUCAAAUCAGAGACCUUGAAAGAGGUGUAGAGAUUUGUAUUGCUACGCCGGGUCGGCUUAUAGACUUUCUGGAGUGUGGAAAAACUAAUCUUCUUCGUUGCACUUAUCUGGUUCUUGAUGAAGCUGAUCGUAUGCUGGAUAUGGGAUUUGAGCCUCAAAUUCGGAAGAUAGUGGAUCAGAUCAGACCAGAUCGCCAAACCUUGAUGUGGAGUGCCACAUGGCCAAAAGAAGUCCAACAGCUUGCUGAGGAUUUCCUCAAAGACUAUGUUCAGAUCAACAUUGGAGCUCUGCAGCUCAGUGCGAAUCACAACAUCCUUCAAAUAGUGGAUGUUUGCAACGACAUGGAGAAAGAGGACAAACUGAUUCGGUUGCUUGAGGAGAUUAUGAGUGAAAAGGAAAACAAAACUAUUAUUUUUGUGGAAACCAAACGGCGAUGUGAUGAAAUUACCAGACGGAUGAGAAGAGAUGGUUGGCCAGCAAUGGGGAUACAUGGAGAUAAAAGUCAACAGGAACGAGAUUGGGUCCUUAAUGAGUUCAGAUAUGGAAAAGCUCCAAUCCUUGUUGCCACAGAUGUGGCUUCCCGAGGCUUAGAUGUGGAGGAUGUGAAAUUUGUCAUCAAUUAUGACUACCCAAACUCUUCUGAGGAUUAUAUCCAUCGUAUUGGACGCACAGCCCGCAGCCAAAGAACGGGCACUGCGUACACAUUCUUCACGCCCAACAACAUGAAACAAGCCAGUGACCUAAUCUCUGUGCUCCGUGAAGCUAACCAGGCCAUCAACCCCAAACUGAUCCAACUAGCAGAAGAGAGAGGCGGACGAGGAAGAGGGGGUAGAGGUGGCUUCAAGGAUGACCGUCGGGAUAGGUAUUCUGGGGGGGGGAGAAACAACUAUGGAGGGGGUUCCUAUAGGGAUGGUGAUAGAGGGUUUGGCAAUGGGCCAAAGGGUGCCUUUGGUGGCAACAAAGCUCAAAAUGGUGGCAACUUUGGGAGAAAUUCUGGUAGUUUCGGAAACAACAAUUACAACAACAGUAAAGAACACAGCCAUUUUGGGGCUCCACCAAACCAACCCGGACCCUUCGGUAACCAAAACUUCCAGGGCCCUCCGCAGUUUGGAGCCAUGCAGAGGCCUCCUCAGAACGGUAUGAACCAUCCGCCGUUCCCUUUUGCCGCUCAAGCCCCACAGCCGCCGCCACCACCAAUGGCACCUUACCCAAUGCAACCACCAUUUCCACAGUAA